AUGCUUCCCAUAACCGCCAACGCCACCACCACCAUAACAUCGACGACACCUCUCAACGUUAUUAUUUCGAAUCAUCAUGUUGCAUUAAGAUCGGAAUCUCGAGAAGUGCCUCCGAAUCAUCGUCGUCGCCAUCAACAUCAUCGAAAUGACUCUUCCAAACAUUCCGAAUCAUCGUCGUCGUCCUUCCGAGGAGGAGUGCAUGAUGCCACAAAUUCAAAUGUACAUCCAAACAUACGCAAACAUCGAAAACAGCAUUCAUUGCAUACUCCAAAAACGAGUUCAUCUCAAAAGAAAAACACAACGAGUGAUUCCACUCGUGUACUGGAUGAUUAUUCUGAACAUUUUUCUCUAAUUUCAAAAACGUGCAAUCAAGUUGUUCCAAUCAGAGAAAUGAUUCGACUCCAUUCGAAUGCUUCUUUCAUGACAUUAUCAAAGGAUUCGAAUUUGACUCUAUAUUCCAAAGAGAUUUCGAAAAUUUAUACUCUCUCAGAUUUACCAGGUGAACUUGUCAUUCAAAUUCUCAUGUUUUUAACCUCACAUGAAUCGGCAAGCAUUCUAUUGACCUGUUCGUCAAUUUGUGAAAAUUUACUGAAAGAGAAUGGAUUUUACAAAUUAUUGUACAUUCAAUGGAUUUCGCGAGAUCUUUUACAAUGCAAAAAUCAUCUCGAACAACGACAGGUCUAUAAUCACACAAAAUGUAAAUACGACUGUCGACAAACAUAUUUUAAUGCAUUGGGCGUUUCACAAUGGAAACAAGUCAUUCAGAAAAAAGAAAUGGAAUUAAGGAAACACCUUAAUCGAAAAGGUUCAUCGAUUCAUUGGAAGAAAAUAUUUCAUGGAUAUUAUCUACGAUCACAAUAUGAGAAAAUUCGAUUCAAACUUGCCUCUAUUUCCAAACUCUGUUACAAUAAUCCAAAUGCUUUGGUACUUGUUUCCAAAUUAUUUCAAUAUCUCAAAACAACAUUACAAAAUUUACCUUCAGACACUGAACGAGAUUAUGUCAUUAAGAGAAAUUAUGGAAAACAAAUUAAGAGAAAUCACACUCUCGUUCAUCAAUGCUUUUACUUGCUGGGGAAUUUUUCUGAUCUGAAAACUCGAAAAGAGGAACUCGAUCGAUUCAUUCCCUUUCUGAACUAUUUUCUGUAUUCGAGUCGAAAUGUGGUUGAGAAUCCUCUCACUGUGAAAAAUUCAUGGAAUUUGACAGCGUUCCACUACGCCAUUCGAGUGGGAAGUAAUUAUUUACUUCGAGAAUUAAGCACUACCUUUUUUGGAAAUUUAAAGGCUUGUACCUUAUUAAGGUUAACAGAAGAACCACAAAAAGCUCCAAUUUUAUAUCAUCUCGUGAAGUAUAAUAUUUACCCAAUAGUGUUCCAAGAAUGGAUUCGAAUUAAUUUAUGUAAACCAGAAUUAUUUCUUUCAAAAGCAAGAGAAGGCUCGAAAAGUAUUCUUCACUACAUGAUGCUUCAUGGGAUGACACAUCCCAGAACAGUCAUUGGAUAUCUGUCACUUAUCAAAGAAGUCUUUUCUCCUUCACAAAUCACACAAUUACUGAAUGAAAAAGAUCAAAAUGGAGAAACACCUUUUGGAUAUGCCAUUGCAACCAUAAGUGAGAAAUUUUCAACACAAUCCAAUUUCGAAUUCGAUUUUGGAAAAAUUUUUGGAAUUCUCAAUUAUCUCACCGUUGACCUUCAUUAUUCACCUUCACAACAAGAACUCGAUCGAUGGAAUCAAUGUUUGGAUUUUUAUCGAAUGACGCAUGUGCAUAGUAGGGCUUCUCAAGUUUUAUCCAAAUAUAGAAUUGAUCGGGAUUCCAUUCAAUUAAGAAGAUUAAUGCAAAAGAACGAUUGA